UAGCUAUAAAUAUGUCAACAUCCUCCCUCUCGAAGGAUUGUUUUCCCUCUUGAAAAGGGCCUUUUUUUCUGUUGUUCUUGAAUCGGCUUGGUUUCCUGGCACUCCUCUGCCCGUUUCUUCCUUUGGGCCCUUCUCUUCCCCCAAGUUCCGCUUAACCUUUUUUUUAUACCAUAAACCACAACACAAAAAUGUCCUUUUUAGAUGCUUCCAAGGCAACUUCUUACCUCAAAGAGUACGCUGAAAAAGAUGGCUUGUCAGUCGCAGAAUUGAUGGACUCCAAAACCAGAGGUGGUUUGACAUACAAUGAUUUCCUUAUCUUGCCAGGUAAGAUUGACUUCCCUUCCAGCAUCGUUUCAUUGCAAUCGAAGUUGACCAGGAAAAUCACCUUGAGCACUCCUUUUGUCUCUUCUCCUAUGGAUACCGUCACCGAAUCUACCAUGGCCAUCCACAUGGCUUUGUUGGGUGGUAUUGGUAUUAUACACAGCAACUGUACCGGCGAAGAACAGGCCGCUAUGGUGAAGAAGGUGAAGAAGUACGAAAACGGCUUCAUCAAUGACCCUGUUGUCAUUUCCCCAUCUACCACUAUUGCUGAAGUCAAGGACAUGGCUCAACAGUUUGGUUUCACUUCCUUCCCUGUCACUGAAUCUGGUAAGCUUGGCGGUAAGCUUGUUGGUAUAAUAACCUCAAGGGAUGUUCAAUUCCACGAAGACUCUUCCAGCCCUGUUUCCGAAGUCAUGACCAAAGACGUCGUCACUGCUAAGGUUGGUAUCUCUUUAUUGGACGGUAAUGACAUUCUCAGAACCUCCAAGAAGGGUAAACUUCCAAUCGUUGACGCCGAAGGUAACUUGGUUUCUAUGUUGUCAAGAACCGACUUGCAAAAGAACCAAAACUACCCACAUGCUUCCAAGUCUCCAAUCACCAAACAAUUAUUGUGUGGUGCAGCAAUUGGUACCAUGGAAGUUGACAGAGAGAGAUUAUCAUUACUGGUUCAAGCCGGUUUGGACGUUGUCGUCAUUGACUCUUCCCAAGGUAACUCUGUUUUCCAAUUGGAGAUGAUCAAGUGGAUCAAGAAUACUUUCAAAGACUUGCAAAUCAUUGCUGGUAACGUUGUCACCAGAGAGCAAGCUGCUGAAUUGAUUGAAGCCGGUGCUGAUGGUCUUAGAAUCGGUAUGGGUUCUGGUUCUAUUUGUAUCACUCAAGAAGUUAUGGCAUGUGGUAGACCACAAGGUACUGCUGUCUACAAUGUUACCGAAUUCGCCAGCAAAUUUUGUGUGCCAUGUAUUGCCGAUGGUGGUAUCCAAAACAUUGGUCAUAUCACAAAGGCUCUUGCUUUGGGCUCUUCAUGUGUUAUGAUGGGUGGUAUGUUGGCCGGUACUACCGAAUCUCCAGGUGAUUAUUUCUACAGAGAUGGUAAAAGAUUAAAGACCUACAGAGGUAUGGGUUCUGUCGAUGCCAUGCAAAAAACAGACACCAGCGCCAAUGCAUCCACCUCAAGAUACUUCUCUGAAGAUGAUAAGGUUUUCGUUGCACAAGGUGUUUCUGGAUCUGUUCUGGACAAGGGCUCCAUCAUCAAGUUCAUUCCAUACUUGUACAACGGUUUACAACACUCUUGUCAAGAUAUUGGUGUCAGAUCUGUUGAAGAUCUGAGAUCAUCCGUCAGAUCUGGUGAAAUCAGAUUUGAACUUAGAACUCCUUCCGCACAAUUCGAAGGUGGUGUCAACAACUUGUACUCUUACGAAAAGAGAUUACACAACUAGAAUCAGGCUAUAUAGAUAGUGAUUUAUAAGUAUGUUAGCUUUUUUUUUCCAAAAUAAUAAUAAUAAAAUUAAAAAAAGAGAAAUAAGAACAAAAAUGAG